CAUUUUGUCGUCUGUAACAACACUCGAAGGGGGAGGCAGGGACUCGCUCGCGUUAUUUUGCUUGUUAUUUCCCCUGUCAUGGCGUUAUUUACCUCAAGGACGACCAUUUUCAAGGCUCUGCUUGGGAAUGCGGAGAAGCUGCUUAUAUCAAACAGUUGCCGCCAGAUGUCAAAUAUCCAUGGUAGAGAAGAAGCGGUGGUUGUAACAGACGAUGGGGAAACCAUUGUUUGCUGGCAUCCGGAACCAAAGGUUCCUUAUCAUAUGACUAAGCCACUUCCAGAAAUAGCUGAGGAGUCCAACUCCAUACUGAAAGUUCAAAACAAAAAAGAACUGAAGCAAUUGUUCAGACGACAGCAUCCUUUCUUCAUCAACAAGGAACUUCGAGAACUCACUUUCACAACUAAACACCCAUGGUAUCCCAGACCUGGGAAACGAUUUGCUAAAAAGCAGCCACCAAGAGAUAGGGAAUAUUUGUAAGAAAGGGAACUUAAAACUUUCUGGUAUUUUGUACAUACUUUAUGUAAUAAAAUCUUUUGAGUAAUGUACAUAGAGAA